UUCGGAGAGGCGAUUAAUAGCCUAGUUUGGCGCGACUUCUUCUCACUUCCUAAACUACUAUUCUGCUUUCACUUCUUCUUCUCACUUCCUAAACUACUGUUCUGCUUUCACUUCUUCUUCUGCGUCUGAUAAGCGAUAAUAACAAUAAUAGAUGGAAAGUGCAGGCGCUAAAAUGAUGCCAAUUGCAGAGAAAACUACCAAGAGCGAGCCGGCGGCGUCCAUAGAGAUCUCCGCCGCCGAUGCAACAGUGCAAUCGGCCGGUGCGGUUCCUGCAGUUACUGAUGCUUCGAAACCGCCGCAGCUGACGUCUCCUCCGCCACACUCUCACACUCACCCCCAACAGCAACAGAAAUUGAGGGGACCAGCAAGUAGGCAAACUUCCAUAGCAAUGGGGGAGUACAAUGGCUCCGAGUAUAUUGGGAUUAGGGAAGCUCCUACGCCUAGCACAAAUCAUGGUAAGAAAAUCUCGGUGUUGCCCCUCAUCUUCCUCAUUUUUUAUGAGGUGUCAGGGGGGCCGUUUGGCGUUGAGGACAGCGUCAAGGCUGCUGGUCCUCUUCUUGCUCUGGCCGGAUUUCUGCUGUUCCCAUUGAUAUGGAGUAUACCUGAGGCCUUAAUAACUGCUGAGAUGGGGACGAUGUUUCCUGAGAAUGGUGGUUACGUGGUUUGGGUCUCGUCGGCAUUGGGGCCUUUCUGGGGGUUUCAGCAGGGUUGGAUGAAGUGGCUGAGUGGAGUCAUCGACAACGCCCUGUAUCCGGUGCUAUUUUUGGACUAUUUAAAAUCAGGCAUUCCUGCUUUAGGUGGCGGUCUGCCGAGGGUCAUUGCUGUGCUUGCUUUAACAAUUGUCCUGACCUACAUGAAUUACAGAGGGUUGACAAUUGUGGGGUGGGUAGCUGUGCUUCUUGGCGUUUUCUCCAUUCUCCCUUUCAUUGUCAUGGGAUUCAUUUCAAUCCCCAAGCUGAGGCCUGAGAGGUGGUUGGCAUCGGACCUUCACAAUAUAGAUUGGAAUUUGUAUUUGAACACACUCUUUUGGAACCUUAAUUAUUGGGACUCGAUAAGUACUUUGGCGGGAGAAGUGGAUAACCCAAAGAAAACUCUUCCCAAGGCAUUGUUCUAUGCAUUGAUCCUUGUGGUCCUUGGGUACUUCUUCCCCCUUUUAACAGGGACUGGAGCAAUUCCCCUGCACCGUGACCUGUGGACUGAUGGAUACUUUUCGGACGUGGCGAAAAUCCUUGGUGGGGUUUGGCUAAGGUGGUGGAUUCAGGGUGCUGCUGCCAUGUCCAACAUGGGAAUGUUUGUGGCAGAAAUGAGCAGCGACUCAUUUCAGCUUCUUGGCAUGGCAGAACGGGGGAUGCUCCCAGAAUUUUUCGCAAGGAGAUCACGCCAUGGAACGCCUCUUGUUGGGAUCCUAUUCUCAGCAUCGGGUGUGCUUUUGCUUUCAUGGCUUAGCUUCCAAGAGAUUGUUGCUGCUGAAAAUUUUCUGUACUGCUUCGGAAUGAUACUUGAAUUUGUGGCAUUUAUCCGCCUCAGGAUCAUAGCCCCUGAAGUCCCAAGGCCUUACAAGAUUCCAAUGGGGACAAUUGGGGUGACCUUAAUGUGUGUCCCCCCGACAAUAUUGAUCUGCGUUGUCCUGGCAUUGUCAUCCCUGAAAGUGAUGGUAGUAAGCCUCGUCGCUGUAAUGAUGGGCUUUGUCCUGCACCCCUGCAUCGUACACUGUGAGAAGAAGAGAUGGCUGAGGUUUGUGGUUAGUUCUGAUCUUCCGGUCAUCAAUCAGGCAUCUCGAGAGGGUGAAACUUUGAUCGAUGGAUGAAAAUGAUUGGGUUGGGUGCUUGAUUGGAUCUCUUAUCUAGGGAAAGGUCAGUUUGUGUUCUAAUUUAUAGCCUUGUUUGACUGCUGCUUUGUGUACUUACUUGUUAGCUUUGUUAAGCAGAGUAGCUUUCAUCUUAUUGAUCCCAUCCAAGUGUGUGUAGAGUUUGUGAAAAAAUGUGUGCUGCUGCUGCUGCUUCUUUUUAACUGGUCAUUGUCUGAAGCAGGCUCUCUCUCUCUCUCUCUCUCUCUCAAUAUGUUUAUUCUAAUGGCAAUCUCCUGUGCUGUGCUGCUGUUUGAUUUUGCAGAGAAUUACGACUCGAAAUGAUUCUCAUCUC